AUGAUGUGAAGUGACGUGCAGUUGAUGGAUACAUACGCAGAAUCGUAGGAUCACGUAGGAUAUCUGUGUAAUUUUUUGGUGGCGAUAUAUAUUUGACAGAAAAGUCAUGACUUCGCUUCUCGCGCCAGAAAUUCCAUCGCCGGGCUUUUCCUUUGAUCUCUGUCAAAGAAACAGUGCCUUGAUUAAAAAAGGCUUUGCUGCUCCGAAAGCAGUCAAGACAGGUACUACUAUUGCUGGUGUAGUAUAUAAGGAUGGUGUUAUUCUUGGUGGUGAUACGCGAGCUACGGAGGAUACGAUUGUUGCAGAUAAAUAUAGUUUGAAAAUUCACUAUCUUGCUCCCAAUAUGUAUUGUUGCGGAGCUGGCACAGCGGCUGACACUGAAAUGACUACUGAGAUGAUAGCCAGCCAAUUGGAGUUGCAUCGCUUGAAUACUGGUCGUAUUGUGCCGGUGUGUACUGCAAACACACUGAUUAAGCAAAUGCUGUUUCGUUAUCAAGGUCAUAUUGGUGCUGCACUCAUUUUGGGUGGUUUUGAUCUUGAUGGACCGCAAUUGUAUUGCAUUUAUCCACAUGGUUCUACCGAGAAGCUGAAAUAUACUACUAUGGGAUCUGGAUCAUUGGCAGCAAUGGCGGUCUUUGAAAGCAGAUGGAGACCCGAUUUACCGGAGGAAGAGGCGAAGCAAUUGGUGGCAGAUGCAAUUCGCGCAGGCGUGUUCAACGAUCUAGCGUCAGGAUCCAAUGUGGAUCUUUGCGUCAUUCGUAAGACCGGUGUUGAUUAUCUGCGACCAUAUGAUACCGCCUGUGUGAAAGGCGAGCGGCAAAUUAGUUAUCGUUACAAGCCCGGCACCACCGCAGUGCUUACCAAGACAGUGCAGCCGAUUAUCGUAGAGGAGGAGACUGUGCGUACAAUUCAACACGAAGCAAUGGACACGUCUGCAUAAGAUUCUUAAUUAAUUCAGCUCUAUAUAAACUUAAAUUAUAAUAAACUUUUUCCAAACAGUAAGUGUUGAUUAUAAAAUCUAAUCUUUAAAUAUUUCUAAUAAAAAUAUUGUGGGAUGUGCACAAAGCAUACAAUUUCUAAAUGCUGGCUCUCUCUCGAAAAAAAAACCUACUUAA